AUGGCAAGGGAAGCCCAAGCCGGCCUGAUUCCGAUCGGCAAACCAAACGCACAACAAGUCCAAUCCGAUGGUACUGGUCCCGAAAGGAUGGUUAAAGGCGUGGGACCUGUCAGCAGCGCCCGUCCAGCUCCAGCCAGACCGAAGUCCAGCCGUCACCGACGAGUGCUGACACAGAUGAAACGCCGUUUCUUCAUCUUGGAUUUAGUUGUGUGA